AUGCGUCGUGCGGAGGGUCGAAGUUCCUCCGACGGACUCAGGCCCGAGAUCGUUGCCAGUUCUUCUUUCAAACCGCCUCGACCACGUGGCCCGUCAAAAUCGUGGUGCUCCUUCGAGCUCAGCCGCCAAACAGCUCCAACUUGGGAAGAACGUCUACCAGCGCGAGAAAAAGAAAACCUCCAUCACAAUGUUAUGGAUUCACAACAAUUCCAUUAA